UAUAAUUACACAUUUUUGAAUUGCUCAUAAUUGGUUCUCUUCCCCAGGCGAUGGCAGGGAAACUGAAAUGGGUGACGGAUAUUGAAAAAUCAGUGCUUAUUAAUAAUUUUGAAAAGCGAGGAUGGGUGCAAGUAUCUGAUAGUGACGACUGGAACUUCUACUGGUAAGGACUGGUUUAACCCUUUCAUGCAAUGCGCUGUUCACCUUUCUUUAAUUGCAAGAUUCUAAACAAAAUUGCCUUUCUAUGCCUUAUGUUAAUUUCUAAAACCCGUGUGUACCAUGUCAAUGAAUUUAACCCCCGCAGCCCUGAGUGUACCAUGUCAAUGAAUUUAACCCCCGCACCCCUGAGUGUACCAUGUCAAUGAAUUUAACCCCCGCAGCCCUGAGCGUACCAUGUCAAUGAAUUUAACCCCCGCAGCCCUGAGCGUACCAUGUCAAUGAAUUUAACCCCCGCAGCCCUGAGCGUACCAUGUCAAUGAAUUUAACCCCUGCAGCCCUGAGCGUACUAUGUCAAUUAAUUUAACCCAAGCAGCCCUGAGCAUACCAUGUCAGUUAAUUUAACCUCCGCAGUCCUGAGCAUACCAUGUCAGUUAAUUUAACCUCCGCAGUCCUGAGUGUACCAUGUCAGUUAAUUUAACCUCCGCAGUCCUGAGCGUACCAUGUCAAUUAAUUUAACCCCCGCAGCCCAAGGAUUAUUAUUUUUUUUUAUUUUUUUUUAAGAAUAAUCUUUUUAUAUUUCUAAAUGGCUGAAAUGCAAAAUCAAAUCUAACAUUUUGAAAUCAUUGACCCCAUAGAACCAUUGGCUUAUGAAUAAUUAUAAUAAUAAUUGUAAUGUCUGAGCUCCUUCCACAUGGUGAGUUUCCACGCAGUGGGUGUGGAGAUAUAAGUGAGAUUUCUCUGUUUCAGGAUGAGCGUACAAACUAUUCGGAAUUGUUUCAGUGUGGAGACCGGAUUUCGUCUCUCAGAUGAUCAGCUUGUUAACCAUUUUCCUAAUCAUUACGAGCUGACUCGAAAAGAUUUAAUGGUAAAGAAUAUAAAGAGAUACAGGAAGGAGCUGGAGAAAGAAGGCAGUCCUUUAGCUGAAAAGGAUGAAAAUGGGAAAUAUCUCUAUUUAGGUAUUUAUCCCCCAACUUAUCGACUUGAUUUCAAUAACUGGUGUUACAGAACUACCCUUCCCAUGAUGCAAAGCCAGCCUUUCGGUUCAUGUGCUCACUAACCCCAUAGAUUAUAGGUAUUCUUUUACUGUCCAUAAAUACAGUCAUCUCAAUUAAGUUGUUAUGGUGCCUGAGUGUUUCUGUAAUGCUUAAUAUUAUUAUGAAUUAAUUUUUAAUUUAGAGCAAGUAUGAUUUUUGUCCUCCCAUCCCUGAUUUUUUAUGUGUACUUAUCUCUUUUUUUUGUUUUUGUUUUGUUGAAUCUAUUUUAUUUUUAUGUUUUGUAUAUGUAUAAAUUAAAUGGUGAAAUUAAGUAAACGGAGGGUUUUAUGACAUAUAUAGUGUGUGUGUGUGUGUGUAUAUAUAUAUAUGUAUGGUACAUCUGAAAGGUCUAGAGUGCUAGAAGACCACCAUUGGGACAGUAUACCAUAUGGCUUAGUAAGCGCAAAGUGAGUCGAUAACUAUGGAAAGGAUCUCGCAGUUAUCAGAUCUAGUGCAGUAUUUACUGAAAGGUCUUGAGGUGGGGGGGUGGGUUAAUGGAGCCGCGCAGACUAAUACAGAGCCAUCAGGUGAUGGAGUAAAUAAAAAGACCAUUUCAGCAUAAAAUCAGAUAAACCUUAAAAUCAAAAUAAACGUUGAAACUAUCGGGAUUCCGGCUGUGCCAGGUGUAAUCUGAAAGGUUACAGCCAUCAAUUAUAAGCCUCAGGUCGUUCAGGAGUGGGUCUCCUUGUUAUGAACGGGGUUAUAGCGGAUGGACCCAGUGAUAUGAAGGAGCAGCCAGUCCUGUGAUAGACCCAAAGUCCAUAUAAUAGUCUCUGCUUCCUUGAUGUCCUGGACGGGCAGUUGCGAGUGUCCAUAGGAAAAAUGCAGGAAAAUUCCAUCUGUAGCGGAUUGCAUGCGGUCUCAGCAUGGUGGUGAAGGGCUGAAGAGAUCUCCUCCAGGCUGGCGUUCCAUUAGAAAGGUCAGCAAAGAAAGUAAGUUGCAUUGAUUUAAAGGGAAAAAGAUGACUCUUUUCUUUGACAGCGGCAGCAACGGCGGCCCUAUCUCGGCCGUUCUCAGAUUGGACCACCACGUCCCUUGUAGCUGUGGUGGGUUUUGGCUGGUUUUGGGAGCCUGAAGAAGUCCUCUACACUGUGUGCAGGGAGACGGGGACUUCCUUACACCAUAACCAUCAGAUCUGGGUUUUCUUGCUUGAUGGGGCCCUGUAUUAAUCUCCGGUACUUUUUACUAUAUUUACCCUCCCAACCCCAGUGAUGGCCUGUUCCAUGCAGGUUUUGGAAUAAAUGAAGAAUACUAUAUCGUAUUGUAUGAUAAACCUCUCUCUAACCUGUAUUUCUUCCUGUAGAUUUUGUUCCCGUCACCUUCAUGCUGCCUGCUGAUUAUAACCUGUUUGUGGAAGAAUUUAGGAAGAAUCCUUCAAGCACUUGGAUCAUGAAACCAUGUGGCAAAGCUCAGGGAAAAGGGAUAUUUCUUAUUAAUAAAUUAUCACAGAUUAAAAAAUGGUCCAGAGACAGCAAAACGUCAUCGUGAGUUACUUCCUUUUAUUAGAGCUACUGUGCCGUGCAUGAAAACAGGUUUUUUUUUGUUUUUUUUUAUACUGAUAAAUAUUAAUAUAAUUUUUUUUUAUCAUUUAUUAAAUGUUUAAGCCAUUUAGAGAGCCCAGAAAAAAAUCAGCAAAUUCUUUAAAAGAGGAUUUUCCUUUUGCUUUAAAUGUGUUUUAUUGGAUGAGGUUUUAGCGAAUACGUGCACAGUCUGUAAUGUGACUCUAACUCCCAUUAAUCAUGGGAUAAAUUGCAGAUUGAUGUGAUGUUCGAUUGCCCAUGUGCUUACCCUGGAUACGAUUUUUUUUUUUUGUUUGUUUUUACUUUAUUUUUAUUUUAUUUUUUUACAUUAAACAAGUAAUUAAAGUGCAUUAAAAACCAUCUUGCCUUCUGUGGCCUAUAAUAAGCUGAGCCUUUUCCAAAUGAGUACAUUUGCAAUUUGAUUUUGAUUUACUACGUGUGUUGAGUGAUUGAACCCCGUAUAAAGUACCUCUCUGAGAUCAUACUGGUUUAAGCACAGGUGAUGUAGACAAUAUAGUUGACUUUUCUUCAAAUAGGAACUUGCCUAUUCUCAAACCAGAAUCUGUUGUCAAUCAACGAAGCAUUUAUUUUCCAGCCAUGGUUUACUUUGUAAACAGGGAGAGCUAAAAUAAUGUUAAAUAUUGGGAUAAAAUACCUGAAUCACAUUUCAGCCAUUUGUCCAGUCCCGUUAUUCUGGUUUACAUUUAGAAAUGGACUCUUAUAAUCACACUUUACCUUUUAGUAUAUAACCUUUGAUAAGAUUGCAUUACUUGAUUUGUAUAUCUUUUUAUUAACAACUAACUGGAUGUGUUUUAUGCUCAGGUUAUUAUCUUUUUACAAUGAAUAAUUGUUUACUAAUGCAGUCACCCUUGUCUUGUAAUCCAUAAUUGAUGCUGUAGCUAUACAUUUGUGCAGUGCGGUGUCCCUGUCUGAUUGUGCAAAGUGUCAUUUCAGGUUUGUUUCACAAUCCUCCAAGGAAGCCUAUGUCAUCUCCUUAUAUAUCGAUAACCCUUUACUUAUUGGGGGCAAGAAGUUUGACCUGCGCUUGUAUGUGCUUGUGACGACCUAUCGGCCCCUGAAAUGUUACAUGUAAGAUACAUUCACAAUUGUGUUUACAGGGCUACUCAUUCUGUACCAUGUAGACAUGGGACAGACAGAUGGCAAAGGAUUCUGGGUUAAAUGCAAAUACACAUAGAUCUCUUAUCCGGCGAGCUUGGUCAGAGUUUGAUGUUUCUCAAUAUUUCCAAAUCUGUACAUUGUGUAUAUUAAAGUUUCACUAUAGUGUCUGGAAAACAAACCCGUUUUCUUGACACUAUAGUGCCCUAAGGGUGCCCCCACCCUCAGGGUCCCCCUCCCUUGGCGCUUACCUUAAUCCAGCGCCGGGCACCCUUGGCGCUGGUGACCGCUCCUCCCCCGCUGACGUCAUCUCCCGAGUGGAGCGGAAUGCGCAUGCGUGGCAAGUGCCGCGUGCGCUUUCAAACAGUCUAUACGAAAGCAUUUCUUAAUGCUUUCCUAUGGACGUUCUGCACACUGGAUGCGAAUUUCGCAUCGAGCAUCGCAGAUGCGCCUCUAGCGGCUGUCAGAAAGACAGCCACUAGAGGUUAGAUUAACCCUGCUAUGUAAACAUAGCAGUUUCUCUGAAACCGCUAUGUUUACAUCUGAAGGGUUAAAACCUGAGGGACCUGGCACCCAGGCCACUUCAUUGAACAGAAGUGGUCUGAGUGACUAUAGUGUCCCUUUAAGUUUGCUUAGCUGAUUAAAAUGUGACAUUUAAUAAAUGUUCUAUGACAUAUAGCAUGAUCUAGAUUGUGCAGUACAUAUAAGAUUUAUUUUUUAUUUAUUAUCAAGCUUUAUGUCGGUCUCUGUUUUCUUGUAGGUACAAGCUGGGGUUUUGCAGGUUUUGCACCGUGAAAUACACCCCCAAUACGAGUGAGCUGGACAACAUGUUUGUGCAUCUUACAAACGUCGCCAUUCAGAAACAUGGCGUAAGUAUUUAUUUCUUCCUGCCUGCGACCAAGCCAUGUUCUGUACUGCCCUAAACACUUCCAGUAAGUGGUCUCUCCAGCGCUAAUGAUUGUCUUACUUGGCGUGCUGAUAGGAAAGCAGAGUUGAUAAAUACAGAUCUCCUGCUUCAGGUAGAGAACAUGUGAGGUGCAGAGUAAACUCGCUCCUCGUGAACUAAUUUCUAUAAAUAUUCCACUGCUCAGACCACCUUUAUCACACAGCCUGGCCCAAACUGUCCAGUUAACUUUGCAAUGGGCUGGAAUUUGAUCACCAAAUAAGGAGCCCAAAAAUGUCAAUUCAUGUAGGAAACAUUGAGUGAGUCCCCAUGUGGUUAUAUGUGGAAUUGCAGCCAUAAUGCUUUUAUGUUUUAGCAAAACUCUUUGCAUUGGUAGAAUUAUUAAUAUUAUUAUUUUUGUUUUCAUUCUUUAUUUUUCUUGUGCAUUGGUGUAAAUACAGACCGCUUUGUAAUGCCACGACCGCAUCCACAGGUACCUAAACAUAGAUAUUAAAUUGUUACAUGGCUUGAAAAUUCGGCAUAUUGCUAUAUUAUGUAGGAAAUGUGCAAAGCAUUACAUGUCUAGAUGUAAUCGCUAACUAUAGUAAGAUGGGUUUUAGAAAGACAUGGUAAGCAUAAGAUAUCAGCAGAUUUUACCACCCUAGAGAUAUAUUAUAAGCCCAGAAUGUUGCAUUUUCAGUAGGAGAGCAUAGACAUAGAUUGUAGACAAAAAAAAACGAAUUAGUUAUAUCAACUAGGAAACAAUAAUGAGCAUGGAGAAAUCAGUAUACUGGGGCAUAUCAGGCAACCAGAGGCUCAGGAUGGCGGUCAGCCUAUUCCUAUGAUAGAUAAUUUACAGUCCCACUUUGAUUCUGACUGUCUUCUCAUAGCCAAGGGUGAUAGCUGUGGGUUCUGCAUCUGUAGCUGCUUUCCUCAUAUCCCUACAUCUUGCUGCACGACCCAUGUGCUUCAGCUUGUGUUUUGUGGCCUCAGGACUUGCUGACAUACUGCAUAUUAGUAGGUGCUUCCAGGCGGUGCGUAAUAGUAGGUGCUUCCAGGCGGUGCAUAUUAGUAGGUGCUUCUGGGCAGUGUGUAAUAGUAGGUGCUUCCAGGCUGUGCGUAAUAGUAGGUGCUUUCAGGUGGUUCAUAAUAGUAGGUGGUUCGUAAUAGUAGGUGCUUCCAGGCGGUGCGUAAUAGUAAGUGCUUGCAGGCGGUGCGUAAUAGUAGGUGCUUCCAGGUGGUUAAUAAUAGUAGGUGGUUCGUAAUAGUAGGUGCUUCCAGGCUGUUCGUAAUAGUAGGUGCUUCCAGGCGGUACGUAAUAGUAGGUGCUUCCAGGCGGUACGUAAUAGUAGGUGCUUCCAGGCGGUACGUAAUAGUAGGUACUUCCAGGCAGUAUGUAAUAGUAGGUGCCUCCAGGCGGUGCGUAAUAGUAGGUGCUUCCAGGUGGUUCAUAAUAGUAGGUGCUUCCAGGCGGUGCGGAAUAGUAGGUGCUUCCAGGUGGUUCAUAAUAGUAGGUGGUUCGUAAUCGUAGGUGCUUCCAGGCGGUUCGUAAUAGUAGGUGCUUCCAGGCGAUUCGUAAUAGUAGGUGCUUCCAGGCUGUACGUAAUAGUAGGUGCUUCCAGGCGGUAUAUAAUAGUAGGUGCUUCCAGGCGGUACGUAAUAGUAGGUGCCUCCAGACGGUACGUAAUAGUAGGUGCCUCCAGGCGGUACGUAAUAGUAGGUGCCUCCAGGCGGUACGUAAUAGUAGGUGCCUCCAGGCGGUGCGUAAUAGUAGGUGCCUCCAGGCGGUGCGUAAUAGUAGGUGCUUUCAGGCGUUGUAUAAUAGUAGGUGCCUCAUUGCAGGAAUCCAGGGUGUUCGUGGCAGCCACCAUUUCAGAUGCACCUCUGGCAGUAUCGCUGACUUCUGGGGCACUACCACAGAUCCUUGCUGGGCUGUGGGAGCCUCUGGGGUGGGGACCAGGAUCACCCCCGCUGGUCAAAGGGGGAGUUGCGUGGCGUUGGUUCUGUUUUCAGGAUCCCUGCCUGCACCGGGCCAGGAGAUCAUCCGUCUCUCCCUCACUCAGCACACACUAGGCCACACAGGUAAUUGGCAUCUGGACAGACACAGGAGACCGCGGGUAGCACACCCAGACUGGUCAAUCGGUUUGUAUAACAGAAGGUAUGUUGCAAAUUGCGAGAACAGCUGGAACAGCAAGUAAAUAGGCUCUUUUUCAGAUUUUCUUGAGGAGCUCUCUGAGAACCCAUCCAGUCGCCAUGAUAGUCAGGCCCCGCCCCCAGAAUUAUUAUUUUCGCGUGUGUGUAUUACGUUUAUCUAUUUAUUUAUUUUUCUUCUAGGAUGAUUACAACCACAUUCAUGGUGGGAAAUGGACCGUGAGUAAUUUGCGUUUGUACCUGGAGAGCACAAGAGGGAGAGAGGUGACGGAUAAACUAUUUGAUGAAAUUCAUUGGAUCGUCGUUCAGUCGCUGAAAGCCGUGGCUGUGAGUAUACUUUUUUUAUUUUUUUAUUUGUGUAAUUGUGUGUGCAAAUAUUAG